AAUAUUUUAAUCUAGAAUUUCUGCUAUAGUAUACAUUUGUUGAACGCAGAGUAUCUAAAACUGAAAGGAGGACGAUUAUCAAUUAGACGAUGGAUGAUAUUGAAAACGAAUUAACAGGAGAAGAAAAGAGAGUGUUUGAGCUAGUUAAAGAUUGGAGAGGUUCAUCAGAACAGCUUGAAAAAUGUUUAAAAGAUAUCUCUGAUCGAGAUAAACUAUUUAAAAAAAAAGAUAGUUCGGGAAUAUGUAUUGUGCAUUAUGCUGCAAGAAAACGAUCCAUUGGUUUAUUCAAAAUCCUUAAAUCUUACGGAGCUAAUUUCUAUGAAAGAGACGCUUAUGAAAAGUUACCUAUAACAUAUUUUUUUAGAGCAUAUUCAGAGAACGAAAGUGAAGAUAACAUUGAUGGAGGAACUCCAACUGAAAGUAUAGAUAUCAACUUUCAAGAUUUAAAUAGAGAAGGCAGUCUUGAUUACUUACUAAGUGAUAUGUUUGUUACCGAUUGGGAAAAGGGCGAGAAAGAUAAAAUCUUAAUAAAUGCCAUUCAGAAUAACUGCGAUAAAGAUAUUGUAGAGACUAUAGUUCUUUUCAUGCAACAAUAUAUUCAAAGUGGAGGAUUUUUCAAAUGGCUUGUCGGUACAAGGGAAGAUGGAAAAACAGCUCUCUUUAUCUCUUUAGCCAACCUUCAAAGAACAGUAUCAAAAUACUUAUUUGAUUUAGUGAAAGAUGAAGGUAUUGAGUAUAUUAAAAGAAUGAUAACAGACGACCUGAAUUCAACACCUUUUCAUCAUCAUUUUCAAAACAUAUCAAAAAGAAAAGUGAUGAAAGUAAAAGAACUGAUGGAAAUGUUGGCGAGUGAAGAAGAGUUACAGCUGUUUAACAUGAAAAAUACAGAUAAGAAGAGAAUUAUUCAUUAUAAUAUGCAUGACAAAGAAUUACUUAAAUUCUUAUUAAAAUAUGAACAAUUUAAGGUACGUGAUGAAAUUCCACUAAUAUUAUCACUGGCUGAAGUUAAAAAUAUCAACUCAAUCAAGAUAUUUUUGAACGAUUUAAAGGAAAAAUGUCCAUACAAAUUUAGAGAGAAAAUUGUGGAAUAUGACAAUUAUAGUCAUCAUUAUUUAAUACACGAAGCGAUUAUUCAAAGUAAUCUACCGUUAAUUGAUCAUUUUAUGCAAAACGAGAAAGAGGCCUUUGAUAAAUUAAUGAGAGAAAUCUUUCGAAAAGAUGAUUAUAUCUAUAAGAAAGAAAACUAUAUAAAAACAAAUAUAUCAGAUUUAUAUGGAUAUAAAAGUCCAAUCUAUUAUUGUGUUGUAUAUAAGCAGCAUAAAAUAUUAGAGAAGAUAUUACCAAUUUAUCUAAAUGAUUUUAAAAAGUUCCCAGAGUCAAGGAUGAUUUCUAAAGCUGUAUCGAAUCAUUCAAUAGAAAUAUUAAAGCUUUUAGUAUCAAAAGAAACAUUUGAAAGUAUUGAAAAUUUUGAAGAAGUUAUCAACUAUGGAGACAAUGAUCAAAAUACUCCAAUUCAUCUGGCAGCUAAAGAGAACAAUCGUCUAUUUAUAAGAAAGAGAGUAAAUUCAUUAAUCCGUCUUCUAAAACCCUUUUCAAGCGUUUGUAAAGAAUUAUUUGAGAAUCUUAAAGAAAAGACAAGAGAAAAAUGCUCACUUCUAUUAAAAUCGAAUAAAAAGAAUAUUUUACCAAUGGAUUUAGCAAUUAUAAAAGGAAAUAAUGAUGUACUAGAUUAUCUUCUUGAAAUGAUAUUCUCUCUAAAAUCAACUCAAAUGAAGUUUUCACCAAAUGUCGGUAUUACUUGGGAGAAUAAUCUACACGUGGAAAUGAGGACUCUGUUCAAUAAAGUUGAAAGUCAAGGAUGGGGUACAAAAGCUGUGUACGAAGCAAUUACUAGGGGAAACUUACAAAUAUUGCAAACUCUACUAAAGUAUGAUAUUCAUCCUUACGGUGUACUUAGCGAAAGUGAUAAAAGAAAUGUGCUCGAUUAUGCAAUAGAUUAUGGAAUGACGGAACAAGUGAGAAUAUUGUUAGAGUCUGAUAAAUGGUCAAAUCUACUAAGACAUUGUUAUCAAAAGGAAAAGAUAUAUCAUUGUUGCUUUAGUAAGAAAUACGUUGAUAGUCCAUUUAAGAAGUUAAUUAAAAAAAUGCCAGAUAUGGCACUAAUUGCUUUGGAUAAAUGUAUCAUUAAGCCUACUCCCAAAGAUAGCAAACUAACAGAAACACUUUUAUAUAAAGACUUUGACGAGAGGGACGGAUUUACAGAACCAACCAAGAAAAUCAAAUUUGUUUAUCAAAGAUCAAUGAAAGAGAAGAAUAUUUCAGUUCAUUUAGUUGGUUAUCGAUAUAAAUAUAACAGCGAACCAGAAUAUAACAAACCUUGCAAGUGCGAAAAUGAUCGUCAUCACGAAAUGUACAAUUUCGAAUUUGUAGCAGAUUCAUUCUACGAUAAAGGAUUAAUGGGAAAUACAACAAGACGAUUAGAGCAUCCUCUACAAUUAAUGUACUUUUUUGCAUCACUUCCAAAAUCUUUUAUAAAGACAACUGUAAUGAUGUUUGGUGAAUUCGAUUACACAGAUAUGUUUUUUGCAUAUAAAUAUGACUUAGGAAAGGAGCAUCUUGUUAAUUUUCCGCGUGCAACAAAUGUUAUUUUUGUAAUAUUUUUGAUUGUAAUGCCGAUUAUUGUCAUGAAUUUACUAACUGCUCUGGCGGUAGAUGAUGUUAACAAACUCAGGGAAAAGGCUCAUCUAGAAGUUCAACGCUUAAGAAUCGAAUUAUCAUUAGAUCUGAAUAUUUAUGAUAAAAGGCGUCUACUAGUAAACAUUCUAUCAUUUGUUAGAGACAAAAUUUACCGUUUAUGGCAAGCUAUUUCUUUUGUGGCACUUUGUUCUUGUAUUCCUAGCCGACGAAGAAGAUUUGGCAGUUCUGAUUCCAAGAGUAGGGGUUCCUAUAGCUCAAUCGAACAGCAAGAAGAGAAAUUACCCUUUAUUAAUCAAGCUACAACAAUGACAUUAAAUCCGGAUACUGAAAGAUAUGGGAAAGUAGGCAUUCCUGCAGUUUAUCUUUUUACAUGUUGGGCGGUCGAAUGUUAUGAUUUCAAAUCAGAGUCACGGCGAAGUCGUUUGUUUCUUUACGGAUUAAAAUCAAUUGUUCAAAGAGACCAAGGAGAAGGAAAUGAUAAUUGUACAGACAAAAAGAGUUUGGAAACUUUUGAAAAAAUCUCUUCAGAUUAUAGAAAAACUGAAAUUGUAACUAAAAAUGAAUUUGAAAGUAUUAAAGAUAGAUUAGCUCAAUUAGAAUUAAUUAUAAAUCAAAAUCAAAAGGAAAAUAGAGAUAGUAUUCAAGCUUUAUAUGAUAGGGUUGAAUCCAGUAGAAAAUCGGAUUUUUUAUUUCAAACUGAACUCAAAAGAGAUAUAAGAGAGUUGGGUAAAAAGAUAGAGAAACAGAAAGAAGUCUUCAAGUUAACUGAAAAUUGGAAUAAUGAAAGCGAAGAAACCUUAAUCGAUCUCGAAAAUCACUUGAACAGUUUAUCAGAUAUAGAAAAAAGAGUGUUAUUUAAAAUACAAGAUAACUUGGGUUAUUGUCUAGUUCAUUACGCUGCUAGUAAACGAUGUUGGAAAUUAUGUAAAAUUCUUAAAACACAUGGAGCAAGCUUCCGAGAGAGAGAUUCAUACAAUAAUUUUCCUUUAACAUACGUAUUUCACAAGUUAAAGCGAAAUAAUAAUGAAGAUAAAACUGAUCCGAAAACGACAAUAGAGACAGAUUUUAAAGAUUCAAAUGAAAAGUUUGAAUACCUUGAAUAUCAUUUGGCUGAUUUAUUCAAGAAAGAUUGGAAGGAUAUUAAUAAAGAUACAAUAUUGUUAACUGCGGUUCAAAACAGAUGUAAUGAAGAAAUCGUUAAGAGUAUAGUCAUUCUAAUUCAAAGUUCAAAAACUGAAGAGGGAUUUUUCAACUGGCUGAGCCGAAAAGAUUCUGGAAAAACAGCAUUAUUCCUGUCUCUAAAUACUCUUCAAUUAUCAGUUGCAAAAUAUCUAUUCAGUCUUGUAAAGAAAAAAUCAACUGAAUAUAUUAUGGAUAUGAUUACUGAUGAAUUUAAUUCAACACCAUUUCAUUAUAAAUUUGAAAAUCUCAGUAAACACGGUAUUGAAAAAUUGAAGGAAUCAAUAAAAAUUCUCUCAGAAAAUAAAGAUAUUCAAUUAUUCACAAUAAAGAAUAAUGCUGGAAAGAGAAUAAUUCAUUAUAAUAUCUUUGAUAAAGAUUCAUUGGACUUUUUAAUGCAAGAAGACAAUCAAUUUCAAGCUGAAGAUGAUUAUCCUUUAGUUAUACAAUUUGCCGAAGUUCAGAGUAUUCAAGCAAUAAAGAAAUUGUUUGAAAUCUUAAAACAAACAUUUCCCAACAAUGGACAUGUCGGAAAAGUCAUUGAAUGCGAUGAUAAUAAGCAAAAUAUUAUAUAUAAAGCAAUUGAGCAUAAAAAUCUGACACUAAUAGAUUAUCUUUUAUAUAAUGAGCGAAGUAUUGUUGAAAAAUUAUUAGAUGAUAUAUGCGAAAGAGAUGAAAUUCUAUAUCAAAGAUACAACUGGAAUAGAUCAAAGACAACUUUACCGAAUAAUUAUUGUAGUCUAAUUUAUUAUUGCGUUAUUCAAAAAGAAUCGAAAAUUUUAGAAAGACUUUUACCUUCUUACUUGGAUAAAUUUCGAAAAUUUGCCGAAUCUUCUAUAGUAUUUCAAGCUAUUAAAGAUAAUUUACUUGAUUUAUUAAAGGUUUUACUAUCGGAGGAGAAUUAUAAGAAUGUUGAAAAUUUUGAUGAAUUGAUGAAUUUUAGAGAUGAUAAUGGGGAUAGGCCUAUUCACUUAGCAGCUAAAAACGAGAAUCAUUUCUUUACAAAAUUAUUACUAUCUAAACGUGUAAAUAUUUCACUUCAAAAUAACGAUGGUGAAACUCCUCUAUUUCUAGCUGUGAAAAAUAAUAAUAUUAUGGUCUGCAAGGAAUUAUUAAAUAGUUUGAACACAAUAGAAUUCUCUUCAUUAAUGUUGAAAACUGACAACAGAAAUAUUCUUCCCAUUGAUGUAGCUAUUUCGAAUGGAUAUAGUACAGUACUGGCUUAUUUUAUGAAUAAGAUAUUCUUAAUUUGCUUUGAAGAAAGUACUUGUGUAAAUCUCUCUGAAGAGAAUUUAAGCAAAGCAAAAGAGAAUCUAUUAAAUAUAAUACAAAGUCAAGGAUGGAGUACAAAUGCAACUUUCACAGCCAUAACAAAAGGUCAUAGGGAAGUGCUUGAAAUCUUAUUAAAAUAUGAUAUUUACCCGUACGGUGUCCUGAGUGAGACUGAUAAAAGAAAUAUUUUAGAUUUCGCAAUCGAUAGUGGAAUGAAAGAAGAGGUUAAAAUACUGUUGGAAUCUAAUAAAUGGUCAAAUCUGUUACGACAUUGCUAUAAAGAGAAGAAAACCGUAUUAAAAUGUCUUAAGAAAUAUUAUAUUGACAGCCCUUUUAAAAAGUUAAUCAGAAAGAUGCCAGAAUUGGCAUUGCUAACUUUAGACAAAUGCAUUAUUGAACCGUCGGGACAAGAUAAUAAAAUUCAAGAGGAACUUAAAUACAAGAGCUUUGAGGAAAGCAAUGAACUUUCUGAACCAAUAAGGGAGAUUAAAUUUGUUCAUAGUAAAUUAGAUGAAGGAGGAAAUUUUGUCGUUAAUUUAAAUGGGAAAGAGGAGAAUCAAUUCCACAGCAAACCAGAAUAUAUCGAUAACUGCGAUUGUACAAGUGAUCGUCAUCACGAAAUGUAUAAUUUUGAAUUUGUAGCCGAUUCAUUCUACGAUAAAGAAUUAGUUGGCAAUGUUACAAGACGAUUAGAGCAUCCUCUACAAUUAAUGGUUGAAAAUGAAAGAGGAGAUCUAAUGAGACAUAAAGUUACCGAAAAAUACCUUAAUUAUAUAUGGAAAUAUUCAUUUUCUUAUUUUCUGUUCUUUCUAUUAUACUAUUGCGUUUACGUUGGAUUAUUUACUGAAAUACUAUUCAUGUUAUCAACAAAAUUUUCAAGAGAACGAUUAAUGAAUUUUACGUUUAGUGAAAAUUUCGAAAGAGAUUGUCCAACCAACAAGCCAUUUAAUUACUUAUGGUUUGCCUUUAUUAUUCUAAUAUGUAUUGGAGUAUUUCUAGAGAUUUGCCAAAUUAUAAUUCUUAAAUGGAGAUACAUAAAUUUUAAGAAUUUCUUGGAUUGGUUUACGUAUAUUUCACCUUUAAUGGUUAUAAUUAAUGUUCAUGAAACUUGCUCUGAAAUUGAGAUAGAAGUAUGGCAAUGGGAAUUUGGUACGAUCAUUCUAUUUUUAUUAUGGAUAAGCUUAAUACUCGAAUUUAGACGUUUUCCUUUAAUUGGUAUUUACGUUUCGAUGGUUACAACUAUUUUGAAAACAUUCACUCAAUUCUUUCUUGUAUUUUUACUUUUCAUUACGGCUUUUGCUUUAAGUUUUCAUGCAUUAUUUAAAAAUCAGUACUAUUUUUCAAGUAUAGGAGAGUCUCUUGUUAAGAUUACAGUUAUGAUGAUUGGAGAAAUUGAAUUUACAAGUCUAUUCUAUGCUCAUAAAGAUGAUGCGGGAAGUGAACAUCUCGUUAAUUUUCCAACAUCAUCUUAUAUUAUUUUCGUUAUAUUUUUAAUAUUUAUGCCUAUCAUCAUUAUGAACUUAUUAACCGCUCUGGCUGUGGAUGACGUUAAUAAGCUAAGAGAGAAAGCCCAUUUAGAAGUUCAACGACUGAGAAUCGAAUUAACUCUGGACUUGAACGUUUAUGAUAAAAAAAGAUUGUUUUAUAAAGUACUUACAUUUUUCAAACACAUUACAGGACGUAGAUGUGUGUGCUACUGUACCCUAUGCGCGCAAAGGCGAAACACUACUAAUAACCGGGACAAUCAAAAAGCGAAUUUUCAAAUGGUUCCCAGAGAAGCUGUGGAAAGAUGCAACGCAUUAUUUUCAAUUGAUCAAUCAGUAGUAAUGAAAUUCAAUUCCAAUAGAAAAGUCUACGACAGGAUAAGUAUUCCCACAGUCUAUCUCUACACAUCUUGGGCACUGGAAUGUAAACAUAGAAAUUCGGAUCCUUGGUGGAAUCAUUUUCUCCUUUUUGGACUAAGAUCGAUAGUUCAAAAGAAAAUUAAUGAAGAUGAUGAAAAUAUUCUGAAUGAUAAGAAUAGAGAAACCCUGGAGAAAACUUUCUUAGAGAAUCAAAGACAAAAUGAAAUUGUAACAAAGCAAGAGUUUAAUAAUCUUAGAGAACGAUUUUCCCUACUAGAAUCUAACUUAGUUAAAUAUCAAAGCGGCUUUCAAGAGAAUCUACUUAGAGAAGUACAGAAUCUGGGACAAAAUUUGAAAGAUCUUGAGUUGGUUCAUCUAUGGUCUAAAGAUGAUAAAGAUCAAGAAGGUUCUCUUAUUAAAGAAUUGGAAAAUAUUAAUUCAUGGGAUUUAGAUAAUUUGCUUACAAAACGAGACGAUUACGGACGUUGUUUACUGCAUUAUGCCGCAACAAAAAAUAGUCUUUCAUUAUUAAAAAUUCUAUUUUCAUAUGGAGCUCGUAUCUAUGAAAGGGAUUCUCAAAAUAACUUACCAGUUUCCUAUUAUUUUAGAAGUUUAGGGCAAAAUAAUAUUGAUCUUGAAGGCUAUCCUGAUUUGACUAGUACAAUAACAACGGAAGAUGAAAACCACAAUAAAGACGAUUCAAUGGAGUUUCUAGAAUUCUUUCUAGAUCACAUGUUCAAAAUAGAUGGGACUGGAAAGUCUAAGGAAAGAAUACUCUUUGCGGCUAUUGAUAGCAGAUGUCAUUGGCGUGUAAUUAAAAAUUUAGUUUCAUUUAUUAAGAAAUCUGAACAUUAUGAUAAUUUUAGUUGGCUAAUUAAAGAUAAUGAUACAGAGUAUAUAUUAAAAGUGAUAACGGAUGAAACUCAUUCAACACCUUUUCAUUAUAAAAAUGAGAGUAUUAGCAAAAGAGAAAUCCAUAAAAUGAAGUAUUUAAUGAAGAUGCUAUCAGAGAAAGAGAGUAUUCAGUUGUAUAAGAUACAAAAUCAAGAAGGAAAGAGAAUAAUUCAUUAUAAUUUGUUUGAUAAAGAUCUUUUAAAGUUUUUACUUAAAGAAGAAAAUCAAUUUAUUCCCAGGGAUAAAUAUCCUUUACUACUGUCUUUAGUGGAAGUAAAAAAUCUUGCUGCAAUUAAAACGUUUUUUAGAGCUUAUAAAGAAAAAUAUUCAUUUAAAAUAUUUGAAAAAGUAAAGGUUUAUGAUGAAAACGAUCAAAAUAUUAUUCACUUGGCAAUUUGUAACAAAAAUUCGAUUUUGAUUGAAUUUCUUGCUGAAAAUGAAUCAGAUAUUUUUCUUACGCUAAUGAAUGAUGCACUCAAAAAAGAUACGCUAGUCUACAUUCGAGAAAAUAAAAUACCAUUGUUAGAAUAUUUACCAAAAGGUUAUAAAAGUCCCGUUAAUUACUGCGUAAUUAACGACGAACCAACUAUCCUUAAGAAGAUUUUACCAUUCUAUUUAAAGAAAUUUAGAAAGUUCCCAGAACCUUUUGUAGUUUUUAGAGCCAUUGAUGAUAAUUUAAUCGACAUAGCCCAGAUAUUGCUCUCCAAAGAAUAUUAUGAUACUAUUGAAAAUUUUGACGAUAUUUUAAAUUAUAGUGAUAGUAAGGAAGAGAAACCUAUUCAUAUUGCGGCCAGAAAUCAUAAUCAUUUAUAUACAAAGUUGUUGUUGAACUGCAAUGCCAGGUAUUUGGUGAGGAAUAAUAAGGGUGAAACACCUUUAUAUAUUGCUGUAUGCAAUAACAACGUUAAUGCAUGUAAAGAACUAUUUUGCAAAUUGGACGCCAGCAAGAUAUGUUCGUUACUUCUAAUUCCCGAUAGUAAAAGAGUUUUGCCCAUCGAUCGGGCUAUUUUGGAAGGUAAUCAUGAUAUAUUGGAUUAUCUACUUGAAAUAAUAUUCUCAAUCAAAUCUGAGGAGAAAAAUUUUCAUCAAAAGAAGGAUAGGAGUGACGAAGAAAGAUUAUUUGAUUUUAAAAGUAAUUUGAUCAUCAAAGAAUAUUGGGUUUUCCAGCAAGGAUGGGGCACAAAAGCUGCUUACGAGGCCAUAACGAGAGGACAUAGAAAAGUCCUUGAAACUCUUUUGAACUACGAUAUACAUAUUGAUGGUAUGAUAAGUAGAGAUGAUAAAAGAAACGUUUUAGAUUACGCAAUAGAUAUGGGAAUGAGAGCUGAUGUACUGCUGCUAUUAGAAUCUAAUAAAUGGUCAAACUUACUGAGGCAUUGCUAUAACAGGGAAGCAGUUUACUUUAAAUUCAUGAAAAAGACAUAUAUUGAUAGUCCUUUUAAGAAUUUGAUUAGAAAAAUGCCAGAAAUGGCACUUUUAGCUUUGGAUAAAUGCGUUAUUAAACCAUCGGAGAAAGAUAACGAAUUAAGAGAGAUUCAUAAAUAUUCAGAUUUUGGAAAGGUUGAAUUUUCUGAACCAACAAGAGAAAUUAGAUUUCUAUAUAAUAAAUUCAAUGACGGAGAUAAUAUCAUUGUUAAUUCCGCUGAUGAUCAAUUGAGUUACAAAACUGAACCAAUAUUCGUCAGGGAUUGUAAAUGCAAAAAUAAUCAUCAUCACGAAAUAUAUAAUUUUGAAUUUGUUGCUGAUUCAUUCUAUGAUCAAGAAAGGAAAGGUAAAACUACAAAACGACUGACUCACCCUUUACAUUUAAUGGCCGAAAAUGAAAGAGGAGAUCUAAUGAGACAUAUAGUAACCGAAAAGUAUCUGGAAUGUAUUUGGAAAUAUUCUUUAAAUUACUUUCUUGCUUUUUUACUAUGCUAUGUUGUUUAUGCUAUAUUAUUUACCAAGUUUUUAUUGGUAUCUUCAUCACAACCACAAGAAAAUAAUGCAAGUGAUGGAAAGAACGAGAGUCUACCUUUAAAAGAUAAUGUAUUUUGUGAAAAAACCUAUGAAACUCGAAUUGUUUUGAUACUCUUACAUAUAUUUAUAGCGGGAGGAAUUUUCCUAGAAUACUACUUUGAAUCUUUUGGAAUAUCUAUUGUUAAAACAUUUGUAAUGAUGACUGGCGAAUUCGAUUUUAAUGAUAUGUUCUUUGCCUACAAACAAGAUUCGGGGAAGGAAUAUCUUGUCAACUUCCCAGAAUCGACUUAUAUCGUCUUUACAAUUUUUCUAGUAUUUAUGCCUAUCAUUGUUAUGAAUUUGUUGACUGGCUUAGCUGUUGAUGAUGUCAAUAAAUUAAGGGAGCGAGCUCACUUAGAGGUUCAACGAUUAAGAAUUGAAUUAAUACUGGAUUUAGAUGCUUUUAAUUUGAAAAUAGUAGUAUUUGGCAUACUUUCAUUCAUCAGACUCGUAUUUCGAGGAAUAAUAAGGACUGUGAUACUUAUAAUAAGAUGCAAUAGUAGCUGUUGUAGAAGAAGGACUAGAGCUCAUCAAGCAAAGAAGAAAAGGACCGAUUCCUAUGGACAGAUUAGUGCUAACGAUAACCAUAAUCGUGUAGAGAGACAACGUGAAAAACAUUUAGAAUUACCUUCGAUAAAAGAAGCAGAAACUAAGGAUAAAGAUAGAAAAUUGCUCAAGUACGAUAGAAUAGGAAUUCCAACUGUCUAUCUAUACACUUCUUGGGCGAUAGAUUGUAAAAAUAUUAAUACAAAUCCUUGGUGGAAUCAUUGUCUAUUCUUUGGAUUGAGAUCAAUAGUUCAGAAGAAGUUUGCUGAAAAUGGCAAUUAUAAUACGAAUGAUAAGGAAAGAGAAAACUUGAAGAUUGCAUUUAAUUGUACUCAUAAAGAAAUUAACGUUACAUCUAUGAACAAGUUGGAUGAUCUUGAAGAACGAUUAUCCCAAUUGGAAUUGAAUUUAAUUGAAUGUAAAAACGAAUUCAAAAACAAUAUUAGAGAUCUAAUAAGAAAAUUUGAACAUCAUAGAAGAUUAGAUUUUCUAUUCCAAACCGAACUUACUAAAGAGGUAAAAGAUCUUGGUAAAAUCAUUCAAGAGAUUCAUCAGGAAAUCAAUAGAUAA